AAGCUGCAGGCGUGGCUGCAGGUGAUCAGUGUACUGAGACACAUCACAGGAAGAGACCUAGAUUAAAGGACGCUGCUGGCGGCGUCCACUUUAAUCUGCAAACAAGAUCACAAUGGUGGAAGAAACGAAACAGCGGAAAAACGCCACAUCCCUCCAGGCUGGACCUGGUGAGGUAGACCACAACACUCUCUAUGCCAUCAAUAUGAGAGUUUCCCAGCUUAUUGGACGUCAGCUGGCUCAGAUAGGGGACGAAAUGGACUACAAAUGGCGCGAACGCCUGCCCGUCCUACGGCAGCCCCUGAAUUUCAUAGGGAUUUAUCCCUACGCCCUAACCAGGAGAGCGUUCUCUGGGAUCCUCGGCAACAUCUGGGGGUCCAAAAUUAUGCCAAUGCUGAGGACAUCCUGGCUGGUUCCACAGCUUCAAAAUGGCUGUCAGGAGGCCAAGAAGUGGGCUGCCUGGGUUUCCAGCUUGCACGUUUCGGACUGGUCUCGCAAGACCACAUGCAUACUAGCGUCUGCUUUACUUCUGGUCACUGUGUCUAUCUUCCUUAUAACUUGGAACGAGUAUGAAGGCUGAAUGUGACAUCGAGGGGGUCAAGAGCUGGUCUUUGGCUCAAAUAUAACCAUCGCUAUUUUUUUUUUUUUAAAAAAACUGCUUAUUUUACAUUCUCUUUUAUAACCGAUUUGAAUAAAGUGCUGGUUCACAUAUAUAAGUUCAUAUAUGUGCAGGUUUUUGCAAG